AUGACUGCAAGCACGUCUUCAAUACAAACAACGCUGUCCAAAGUUACGACUCCACCUGACAUAUCCACCGAGCAUUUGUCCGAAUCACGCUCACCUGAUUACGACUUUUGCAACACUUAUCCAGAAGCCUGGGAAGAGGCAUUCCAAUGCGCGGAAGCUCUUUCUCAUGAUAAUGAAAAUUCUCCUAACAAUCAGUUUGAUUACUCAUUGGCAAGUGGUGGCAGAGCGGAAACACAGGCUAUGACUACAGGAAGAGAUAUACAUUUUCAGUUAGAGUUGGAAGUACAUAAGAUCGUCAAUGUCGAUGUUGCAAGCGUUGAGGAUGCCUGGGGAGUUAGGUAUGGGAUAGAUUUUCAUGGAAUGAAUGAACUGUUCGGUGCUAGACGAGGGGAGGGGUCUUUUGAGAAAGCUGUUGUUAUCGCCUUUUCUCCCUCUCUUGUUUUCUUCCUCUUGUAUGAUUCCACGUUCGAACUUGUUAGAUUACAUAAUCUGAUCGAAGGACUACAAACCCUCCGACUCACUGGGAAAACACGUGAACUUCCUGUAUUUGGCUUUGUAGAUGAAUUUUUCGUAGUCGGUAUCAUUGAUGAAAUUGUCGGAAGACAAAAAUCAAAAGCUUCUCAGUCAGAGUCAACAGAGCAGAAUAAACGCCGGCGGACAUUAAGGGCCAAGCCCAAUGAUAAAUGGCAUCAAUUUGAAAAAGAUGGCGAAUACUCUUGGUGUUUAUCAGAUACUAAAACACGUACUCGACCGUAUAUACCAUCUGCUUCGAAUGUUCAACCGUCCGUUCAGAUUCAGGUGAUGCUGUAUAAGAAGUUGUUUGAUGAUAUGAUAGCAGGAAAUUUUGAUGAAGAUUUGAUGUAUGAGAAAUUGGCCGUUGAUCCAGACGCCUCGCUCUCAGACGGCAUUGUUGGAUUGGUUGGAGACGUGUCUUCAGACGAAGAGUACCGUGAUGAUAGUGAUUCAGAUUAUGCCGUCGAAUCGCAUGGUUCAUUCGUUACAUUACGCGAAUUGAUGAAGACGGUAAAAAAAGAGUUUAGGCAUUUCAGUAAAUUAAAUGACCAAUUAGAAAUCUCCUAUCGAUAUCAAAAAGAUGGAAGCAACCUCGGAAGUGUGUUUUUGACCUAUGAUGAAGUUAAACUGGAUAGAAAUCUGAGAAGAGCAUGCGAAUACUGGAAAGGAACGAGGAAACCCGAGGGAGUUGAUAUUGAAGAAGCUUGGAAAUGUGGGUGA